GAUGUGAACCAAAGGAACAUACGCUACAGCCUCACCGGCAGCUCUGGAGAUCAGCAGAUGCUGCCAGCUCCUGCUGCCAGCAAGAGGACCCUGGACAUCUUCAUCAAGCCCAGGGAUGGCUUUGAUAAUCAGGCAGGCACUUUGGACCUCGCCAGAUUGAUAAAACGGGAGGGCAAGGAACUUCAAGUGAUUGCCGUGUGUGGAACAGGAGGAGAUCUUGGGACAACAUCCAUCAUCAAGAAGGCAUAUGACGAGCCUGAAAUCUGUGGCAUGUUUCCAUGUCGCGCUUGGGUGAAGCUGAUGCAUCCUUUCAGUCCCCAUGAGUUCAUCCGGAGCUUGUUGGUUGAGUUCAGCACAAAUUCUUACAAGACCCAAGAGCCCAAUACCGAAGGGCUCAAGAUCCAAGAGCCCAAUACCCAAGGGCCCAAGACCCAAGAGCCCAAGACCCAAGAGCCCAAGACCAAAGAUCCAAAGACACAAGAAGAACCCAAUACCCAAGAGCAAAAGACCCAAGAGCCCAAUAUCCAAGAGCAAGGAGUUUUAGAAUUAGAAGUACAAGAGCAAGAGCAAGAGCAAGGAGUUAACACCGGAAGUCUGCAACAAGUGCUGGAGGUGAUGAAGGCAACCCAAGAAAGUAUGCUUGCAGAAUUCAUGGGGAGAAUCAAGGAGAAGCCAUACCUCAUCGUCCUAGAAGGUCUCUCCACCAUCGUGGAGUGGAAUGCCAUCAAGACAUUUCUUCUAGACAUGAAGAAUGAGAGCCGAGUUGUUGUGUCAACGCAGCAGGUUGAGAUGGCAAGCCUGUGCGCGGGACAGCCAUACCACGUAUGGUUGCUCCGGGAGUUCUCAACUGAGCACUCCGUCUACGCCUUCUCAAACUCAAAGGACCUUCCCAAAAAACCACUGGUUAAUGAAGCUACCACAUUGGACAAGUGUUUGAGUGACGAGGACACAGAGUCCUCAGACCAUUGGCUGAAAGUACAUGGCCUUCGUGGGCGCGAUUCGGAACUAAGUACACUUUGGGGCUAG